GAGGGCAGGGUGGAGUUUGGUGUAUUUUCUUCGUGCAUAUCGAAUGUAUGCACUUUCAGAGUUUAUACCAUGUGCUGCUUCCUUACGUUUAUGCACUUACUUAGGUAGAAUAAGCUCAACUGUGUGUCUUGCCCGAGGAAACCUUUUUAUUUUGUUGUAAAAUCUUUAACUGAGUUUUAUUUAUUUUGACAUUAUUGUAACGUUGUUAAAAUCGGUCUGUGUCUGUGCUCGGAUAGUCUCUAGUCUGAGGAUGCAACCAGGGAAUCAUUGACAUUGAACAAGACAGAUUCAUUUUUCACCAGAAGUUGUUCUCGUUUUGUUACAUGACUUACGACGCACUCCACGGCAGGAGAUGGCAACCCCGUUUUGUGAAGAACUGAAUUGUGCUUAAGAAGCAAGCCAGAAAAAAAACCCGUUAAAAUGUGCCCCUUUUAGUGCAAUAAGAAGAACUAAAGAGUUUCCCUCAAACAUUUACUAUGUCUAACUUCAACUGGAAGCCUUUUGUUUAUGGAGGUUUGGCUUCUGUAACCGCUGAAUGUGGUACCUUCCCUAUUGACCUCACCAAGACCCGUCUUCAGGUGCAAGGCCAGGUCAGUGAUGCCCAACACAAAGAGAUUCGAUACCGGGGGAUGGUUCACGCCCUUGUCCAGAUAUACAAAGAAGAAGGAUUGAAAGCAUUAUAUUCUGGGAUUGCCCCUGCUGUGCUGCGGCAGGCUUCCUAUGGAACGAUAAAGAUUGGCACAUACCAGAGCUUCAAACGCCUGUUUGUUGACAGCCCAGAAGAGGAGUCCCUGCCGGUCAACGUUCUGUGUGGAGUUCUGUCUGGAGUGAUCUCCUCUUCCAUUGCAAACCCCACAGAUGUAUUGAAAAUACGAAUGCAGGCUCAGGGACGCAUCAUGUCGGGAGGAAUGAUUGGUAAUUUCAUCGAUAUCUAUCAGCAGGAAGGAACUCGUGGCCUUUGGAAAGGGGUGUCCCUGACCGCUCAGCGAGCAGCCAUUGUGGUAGGAGUGGAGCUGCCAGUGUAUGACCUCACAAAGAAGCACCUCAUCAAGUCCGGGCACAUGGGAGACACCGUCUACACGCACUUUGUCUCAAGCUUCGUAUGUGGAUUGGCAGGAGCUCUGACUUCCAAUCCUAUUGAUGUAGUCCGGACUCGCAUGAUGAACCAGCGAAGCAUUCGGGGCGGGACCUGUGCAGGCUACAAGGGCACACUUGAUUGCUUACUGCAGACUUGGAGGACUGAAGGAUUCUUUGCACUAUACAAGGGUUUUUUUCCAAACUGGCUGAGACUUGGUCCAUGGAACAUCAUUUUCUUCCUGACAUACGAGCAGCUGAAAAAGAUUGAGGUGUGAAAAUGAUGCUUUACUUGACUUGGAAGAAGGCUCAACAGAGACCAACGCUGUAGUAGAUGCUUUAACCUGCACAUCAAGGUUUUUUGGCAAAACUGAGAUGCCAGUGUCAAUGCAUGCUUAGGAUACUCUGGCCAAAGUGGAGGAGUUCUUUUGUACAUGGGUGAAAGGUGACGAAUACAGAUUGCUGUCUUAACAUGCACUGUUAAUGUAACUGAAGUGGCCUUCAGUUCUAUAAUUUAUUGCAUAGUAAGCUUUGAUUUGAUGGGGAAUGGUAAUGGUUUCCAUGUAUAUGGAGAAUAAUUGUUAUGUUAUACCUCUCGGGUCCUAUUCACAGUUGUUUAACUCGUAAGUUAUUUUAAAGUCUAUUUUUGAUUAAUGAAGUUUAAUAAUCCUAAAAUUGUUCUAGACUGUUCUUGAGUUCCCUUAAAGCCUCCUAGAAAAGGAACUGAAAUGUAUUUGAUUUGUCAAACAGACUUUUAACAAACAGUCUUUACAUAACUAACUGUCAUGAGGCUAAGCAAGGUAAGCUGUAUAGCAACUGCUGUUGAAAGGUUUCAGAGUUUACUGCUCUGAACAAUGAUGCAGGAAAAAUAAUGCCUUUUUCCACUUGACUGAGAAUGCUUAAUGCUUUAUAGUAUUAUGCUGUCUGUUAAGCUGGUGUUACUACCAUGGUACAUAUUUUGAUUAGUGAAAGUCCACAAGGAUUGAAAAAGAUUUUUUGAGGGUUUUAGGGUUAGUUUAUUCCAUUUUAAACUUUAGAGAAUGUUUGUAAACACUGUUUAAAACAAACAAAAAAAAAAAUCGUAAAACCUUUUUUAAAUAAGACACUUUGCUUUUAAAUUAAGAAGAUGAGCAAGUUGAAACAGCCGAUGCUAAUUUUAUCCACAGUUCUGUUUAGUAAGUUCAGCUGUUAUCAGGGUUGGCUCAUGUGAGCGGUUAAGCCAGACUAUGUUAUCUUUAACCUAUUUGACCGAAAGAAAUGUAUAUAAAAUAACCAGGUCAAAGAUGAAUCCAGAGUAGUAAGCCACUUCAGUUCUGACUCCAUGUGGAUUUUAUUGUUCUUUGUCAUUCCAGAGUCGCCCAUCUUGAUAGCACUUCUGUUUCCUUGUUGUAUUUGUCAUUCCUAUCUUCCCAUGAGCGGAUUAUUGACAUCCCCCUUGCACUUUAUUAUAGCAAUGUAUUCCCCAUAGAGAAAUCAAUGCAACCUCAACCAUUUUACAAUAAGAAAACCACAAUGCAUCAAAUACAGUGGAAUCUCUUUAGUAUGACCUUUACUGAGUAAAUGAUCUUUACUGAGAGAUGGUCCUAAUAGAUGGAUAUAUUGAUUUAAAGGAUCUGACCUUUCUUUACCGAGAGUGACUUAACUAUUUAAGUAUGCAUACUCCCAGUCGAUACCAAAUACGUUGUAAAGAAACAUUUUGGAUGUGUUUUAUAGUUACUGUUUUUAUGAGAUAUAGAAAUAUACACACACUUUAUAUUUUGGGGGGUUUAAUAUAGAUUAAAAGGCCUUUUCGCCUGCUAAAAGCCUGUACCUUUUGAAUAUGAUGAUGGCAAGCGCACAAUCUAUCAAGAACAGUUUUCAUGUUCGUAAAAUAUCAAUGUUCCACUUUCAAAGUGGUCACCCAGCAUGUCCUUAAGAUAUAGCCUAUGUAAAGGGCUCAGUGUUCUUUUAUCAUUGCACAGUAUAUUAUUUAUUGUAAAUUUUAAAGUGGUGUAUAUUUGUACAACAGCAUUUCAGUGCACACUGACUGGAAGGGUUUUUUGUAGUUUUAUGGCCAGGUGUUAAUGAGCACACGGGGUACAGAGUUUUACAAUAAAAAGUGUAUAUUACAUUUCUCUUUGUAUGUAUAAGCUUUAAACCUGUUUUAUGUUUGGUCCCUGAACGUCACGUAAAAAAAAUAGUAUGCCCUAAAAAGAGACCAAACAUGAAAUUUGUUAUAGGUUCACUGCCAGGGCAAUGUGCAUAGCAAAUGUUUACUGCAGUACACUGUGGUAAAAGAAUAGUGUGGUAUAGCCCAAGCAUAGUGAAAGCAGUGCUGUGAUGUUAAAGAAGUCUGCGUAACGUUUGCUUGCCUGUGAGCUAUACCUAGGGAAAGUCUCCAAGCCUCCACUGUGCUUCAGUCCAACCCAGCUCUAAAGCAGUACCUGCAGUGCAAACAAGAUGCUGCAGCGAUGGCAGCUAUCUGUAUCGUUUUUUAACUGUCUGGGCAGGUUAUCUGAUCAGAUGCAGUUGUUUUUACUUCAGAUCUAACCUACAGCUAGACAGGAGCCUAUAAACCAGACGGACUGUAUGAGAUCAGUGUUUCAGAUUUUUAAUGCAUCACAGCAAAAAAAAAAAGCUGAGAAAAUCAAAUCAUUUUUUUUUUUUUGUUUUCAAAAUGAGAGUAAAAAUGUAUUUUCUAAAACACAAUUGAACAAAAUAUGCACAUAUUGUUAAAUAUAUUUCUUGUAUAUGCUUUUAAUGACUCCAUGACUCCAUCAAUAUGCCUUGUUGCUUUCUGCUUUAAACAUUAUACUGAGCCUCUUGCACUAUUCUUGCCUCUACCAGUAGGUGUCGCUAUUACAGUGGUGUGUGGAGAAGACAGAACUGAAAUCAGCAAAAA